AUGGUGAUAUUAUCGGAGAACGGGCCGCGGUCUCACCCCGGCCAGCACGGCAGACCUCUUCAGGUCGGCUUCUAUGAAAUCAUGCAUACGCUAGGGAAAGGCAACUUCGCGGUCGUGAAACUAGCUCGACACAAGGUCACUAAAACACAGGUCGCCAUAAAAAUUAUUGAUAAAACGCGACUGGAUGCAUCGGAUUUAGAAAAAAUCAAUCGGGAGGUGCAGAUCAUGAAGCUUUUAAACCAUCCUCACAUUAUUAAACUCUAUCAGGUUAUGGAAACUAAAGACAUGCUGUACAUAGUGACUGAGUAUGCAAAAAAUGGAGAGAUGUUUGAUUAUCUCACAUCCAAUGGCCGACUGAGUGAGGGAGAAGCCAGAAGAAAGUUCUGGCAAAUUCUUACAGCUGUGGAGUAUUGUCACAAGCACCACAUUGUGCAUCGUGACCUCAAGGCUGAAAACUUGCUGCUGGACAGUAACAUGAACAUUAAACUGGCAGAUUUUGGUUUUGGAAACUUCUAUGUACCUGGGGAGUCUUUGUCUACGUGGUGUGGGAGCCCACCGUAUGCAGCUCCAGAGGUCUUUGAAGGGAAAAUGUAUGAAGGACCCCAGUUAGACAUCUGGAGCCUUGGCGUGGUCUUGUACGUGCUUGUGUGUGGAUCUCUGCCGUUCGAUGGUGCCACCCUGCCUGCUCUGAGACAGAGAGUGACCGAGGGGCGUUUUCGAGUCCCGUUCUUUAUGUCACAAGACUGUGAGAACUUGAUUCGGAGAAUGCUGGCUGUGGAUCCGGCCAAGCGUAUCACCGUGGCCCAGAUCAAGCAGCACCGCUGGAUGCAGGCAGACCCAACAGCUGCCUCCCAGGUGGUGUCUCAUCCCUCCAUUACAGACCACCAUCUGAGUCUGGGGAUCUACAGUGAACCUAUCCUAAACAUCAUGCAGACCCUGGGUAUUGACCGACAGAGGACCAUAGAGUCCCUUCAGAGUAACAGUUACAACCACUUUUCUGCCAUAUACUGUCUUCUGCUGGAGAGGGUGAUGGAGCAUCAAAGCCAACAGCAGGGCUGCCAGGGAGGGGGUUGGGCACAGUGCCCCGGCUCCAUCCCACCAGAGACGGAGCUAUCGGUGGAAGGGGGUCUGAACAAGCUCCAGUACAGACGAUCUGCUUCCCCAAACAGCCUAUUAGAGACCAGCAUAAGUGAGGAGAUGCGGCCUGAAGACCCGGACGAGGCGGGGCUGACUCCUUUCCAUUCCCUUUCCGAUUCAAGAAACUCAGUCCGCAGACACACCUUAGCUGAGGUGUCCACCUCAGAAAGUCAACCCAGCCCACCACGUAUAGUGGUAGACCUUGCUGAGAGCAUGACCUUUGACGGUUGCCUCAAGUGUUCUCACUCUUCCUCUGCUGACACUUGUCUUCCUACUGCGGACGCCAGCCCAAGGGCUGUUUCUGACCUCUGUGACCCCAAAACCCAGGGUUUCCCUCCUCACCUCCAGACUCCCAUACGGAGCACUUUCACACACUCCUCAACCCUCAUGGUCCAAAACACUCUUCCUGCGCCAAGUUUUCAGGAGGGACGGAGAGCGUCAGACACCUCCCUCACACAAGGUCUCAAAGCGUUCCGCCAACAGCUGAGGAAGAGCGUGCGUGCCAAAGGCCAGCUGGGAUUAAAUAAAGUCAAGAGUCCGGUCCGCCAUACGUGGUUCCCAACACACGGUCCGCAGGAUAUCCAUGGACCGCUAGGCCUGCCUGUUUUCUCUGGCCCUCCAAUGAAUACUCGGUCAUGGGAACAGAGAAUGGACCAAUCAGAGAAUGUGCCAGAACACCGGAGAGUUCUCCAGCUCCAGCACCAGCAACGUCAGUCACAGCGGCAGCUUUUACAAGUGCCCACCACACAACAGCAGCAUCACCCCGUCGCCUUCCAGCAUCAGGUCACUCCAACAUGUCCAGCACCCGUCCCACAGCGGGGGGACGUCCUUCACUCUUCAGUCCCCGUUCAGAUCCCACAGAACUGGCACCAGGGUCCUCUCUGGCUACCUACUCAAGACUCCUCUUUCUCUUCCUCGUUGUCACACUCAUCAUCGAGUUCUUCCUCUCUGGUGGCGUCGGCUGCCCAGCUCCUGGAGUCUCAACUGCAGAUCAGUCAAGCAUUUCAGCCUCAGACCCUGGUCCAGACACAGAGAUGUCAACCCCCUUGUCCUUAA